AUGGUGUUUACCAGAAUUUGCGACAAGAUACCUUCGAUGAGGAAAACAAAAACAUCAUUGGAAAAACUCCAUGGUAAUGGGGCCUUCCUUUGCGUUUUACUGGCUCACUUGUCAUUCCUAAAAGGGCUGUAUGGAUUUAUAAACACAUGUCUGAAGUCUUUGGUGGUUGAAAAAUAUGGUGAAGAAACAUGGGAAAAAUUAAGAAUCCAGGCAGGAGUUCAGGACACAUUUCUGACAUUUGAAGUUUACAAAGAUGAGAUAACAAUGCAGCUAAUUGACAAAGCCUGCAAAAUGUUAGAUGUUCCCCCUGAUAUGGUUCUGAAGCAGUUUGGAGAGUUUUUCUUUGAAUUUUGCAAACGGUCAGGCUAUGACCAUAUGCUGAGAACUUUGGGUGGAAAUCUCUACGAGUUCAUCGAGAACUUGGAUGCAUUACAUAGCUACCUGUCUCUUUCUUAUCAGGAGAUGAAUGCACCUUCUUUUAGGGUAGAAAAGAAUGAAGAUGGCUCAAUGCAUUUGCAUUACUACUCAGAUAGAAGAGGUCUGUGCCAUAUUGUUCCAGGAAUCAUUGGUGCAGCAGCCCUGGAUUUUUUCAACACUGAAAUUUCAAUGGAAAUAGUCAAUCAAACAGAGGAGGAAGAAAGAACUGGGAAAAAAGAACAUAUAGUUUUCCUUGUCACUCAAAAACCUGUAUUUUCAUACAAAAAGAGAAAUAAAUUCUCUUCCUCACCACAAUACAUUGCUCACUCUGGAAGGCGAAUUGAGAAACAACUGAAUAAAGAGGAUACUGAAAAAAACAUGAAUAAGAUUAGAGACAGAACAAGCCUUGUUUCUGUUUGUCCUGCCAAGAAAAAUCACUGGGAAACAAUCAGAGGAAUCGUUACACUAGGAAGAGGUAAACUUCUGAGAGGAUUUGAUCCUGCUUAUCCUACAACCCUCUGGAUAGAUAUAAAAACAUUUUGCAAUGGACUUCCUUUCCAUAUUGUUUUUGAUGAAGAGCUCAGAGUAAAGCAAGCUGGGGUGAGCAUUCAAAAGAUUGUCCCUGGCCUUCAGACCAUGGGCAUUCGCCUGGAUCAUUACUUCAGUAUCGUGCACCCAGAAGUGACAUUCACCAUCUCUAGCGUUCAGAAGUUUAUCAACAGUCAAUUUGUUUUCCGGACUAGGAGAGAGAUGAUGCCAGAGUCAUGGAAACAACGUCCAAUGCUAGAGCUGAGAGGCCAGAUGAUCUGGAUGGAGUCUCUGCAGUGCAUGCUCUAUCUCUGCUCACCUUUAUUGCGCACCUUGCAUGAGUUGGAAGAGAGACAGAUGCACAUUGCGGACAUAGCACCCCAUGAUGUUACCAGGGAUUUGAUUCUUCUCAACCAGCAAAGACUGGCUGAGAUGGAGCUCUCUAACCAGCUGGAGAGGAAGAAAGAAGAACUGCGGAUACUCUCAAAGCACCUGGAGGAAGAGAAGAAAAAGACAGAAGCUCUGCUCUACGCCAUGCUUCCAAAGCAUGUGGCCAACCAGCUAAAAGAGGGGAAACGAGUUGAGGCAGGAGAGUUUAAAGAAUGCACCAUAUUGUUCAGCGAUGUUGUGACCUUUACCAACAUUUGUGCCCAGUGUGAGCCUAUUCAGAUAGUCCUCAUGUUAAAUUCAAUGUAUCUACGAUUUGACAGACUAACCACAGUGCAUGAUGUCUACAAGGUGGAGACAAUAGGUGAUGCCUACAUGGUGGUAGGAGGUGUCCCUGUGCCUGUAUCUACUCAUGCUGAGCGAGUUGCCAACUUUGCCCUGGGAAUAAUCAUAGCAGCCAAAGAAGUGAAGAAUCCGGUUUCUGGAAAACCUAUCCAAAUUAGAGUUGGGAUCCACACAGGUCCUGUCCUGGCUGGAGUAGUUGGAGAAAAGAUGCCUCGUUAUUGCUUGUUUGGAGACACCGUGAAUAUAGCUUCCCGGAUGGAGAGUCAUGGGGUUCCAAGUAAAAUUCACCUUAGCCCCACUGCCUAUUACUGCCUAAAGGACAAAAGUUUUGAGAUGACUGAAAGAGGAGAGAUUGAAGUGAAGGGCAAAGGGAAAAUGCAUACAUAUUUCCUGAUUAGAAACAGGACUGCAACUGAGAAUGAGAUCAUGGGAAACCCAAUAAAGGAAUCAGAUUCUGACCAUGAAUCUGUUCAGUCCUUUCAUGAGUCCAGGAUCAAAAUGAUACAAAGUUCAUGUCAGCAAGCUAUGCAGCCCAAUUCAGACCAGGAUCAGCCGCCAACCAUAGCAAUGAAGUACAUUGAUAGUCCCACAGAAACACAAGCCAGUUACAAAGGAAGAAGUCAAGAAAGAAUUAAGGAUUUAACAGGCAAAACGCAUGACGUUGAAAGCUACAGAUGUCUCCAUGCUGGCCAGCAGCCAGGCAGUGAUCCUUAUCUGCCCAACCAGGAAAGAAUCAAACCAGCACCUGAAGAACCACAGAACAGAAAUGUCAGAUCCAAUUUUUGCAAUUUAAUUUAA